AUAGGAGAAGCAUUACAUGGUUACACCACUACAGGCAUGUGAGAAGGAUAUCAAAACUGCAUAACACAUCAUUUAAACAUCCUUGUGACUUUUAAGCUAUGUACAUGUUGAAUGUUUCCAUGUUUUGUAGUCAGAAUUCACCUGAAAGAAGUGGACAGUUGAAGCGUGCUGAUCAUUCUGUGCUAUGCAAUUACUUUGCCAUAUUUUAGCUACUGUUUGUAACAUAACAGUUUUUACAAUAACAGUACUAAGGAAAAGGGGCGGGUGUUUAUUUUCCCUUCAUUUUCAUAUCAAUGAUAAGAGUACAGUAACAUAUUUUAUUCCAAACACUGACUCACAGUAAGCAGCAUCAUGAUGGAACGGAUCUGGAUGGUUGUUUUCUUUCUCACAGACUGGAACACCUCCUUGUGCCUUCCAGGUCAGUACCACUUUGUUGCUAAUUCAACGACUUGGGACGAAGCGAGGCGCCACUGCAGAGAGACAUUCAAGGACCUGGCCACCAUUCAAAGCGCUGAAGACGUAAACCAACUGGUCAACACAGCGUCAUCUUUCGGCUACAACAAUGAGGUGUGGAUCGGCCUGUUCAGUGUAAUCGACUGGAGGUGGUCAGACGGCAGCAACGGUAGUGGAUGGGAAUAUAGGAACUGGGAAAACCUUUUGGAUAAUGAGCCAGACUUUUACUCUUUUCGUCAAUUCUGUGUGAACGUUGGAGACAAGGGGAGGUGGUGGGACGAUGUUUGCAGCAUACACUACCCAUUUAUCUGCUACAGGGGGGACCAGCUGGAUCCCGAGUAUGUCAUUGUGAACCUAGAAAUGAGUUGGUCCGAUGCUCAGACGUACUGCAGAGAGAAGUUCAUAGACCUGGCCACCGUGAGGAACGAGACAGAGAACAACAAAAUCCAGCGCUUGGUGCCCGUGGGAAACUGGGCAUGGAUCGGUUUGUUCAGAGAUCCUAACAUUUACUGGUCCAGUGGGAGUAACUAUUUAAAUACCUCAUUCAGCUUCUGGGGCACAUCUACAACCGACAUGGGCUCGAUGACCCGGAUGUGUGGUCUUGCAGAUUUGCAAUUAUCAGGAGGAUGGAGGCUGACAUCUUGUGCAAGUAGAUUACCAUUUGUCUGCCACGACAUCCCAGUCAUGAGGCGCAUAGUGAAGCUGAGGAUAAAGCCAGAGGUUCCCUCUUUGGAAUUGAAUGACCCUGCUGUGAAUGCAAACAUCCUGAAAAAACUCCAGGACAGACUGAAGGAAAACGGAGUGAGUGGAGUCAGGCUAAGCUGGAGGGAGCAGCCUGAUGGGAAAGUCUUCCACCAGGAGGGAAAACAAUCACAGAAGAAACCAGGAACAAAAACUGAGCUGUGAAAUAGUUCAGCGUUACUUCUGUUUAUAAGUUCAUUGCUGUUUUUCUAUACGGCCACAUAUAACACAAGUGGUUUAACUAGAUGGUAAAAGAGAAAUUUUUUCUAAAUCACACAUAUGAUACAUUAUUAACCACUGAUCAGUUUCUAUAAUAACUGGCAAAGUUGACAAAAACACACAUAAUAUCCAUAUAAUCAUUUCCAGUUGACAAUGAUCCUUGUAAUUUUUUUUAUUUUGGGCAAGACUACGAGUCCAGUGAGGCUGACGAUGUUUCAUUUCAUUUCAAAUUUAAAAAAAUUGUCAGAAUGUUUUUCUUUUUCAGGAAACUGAUGACAAAAAUAUAACUAUAUAAAUAGUCAUCACUGUGUUAUUGUAUCUUUGGAAUUACGUAUGUACCAAACGGCCAAUUAGGGGCAUCACUUUAAAAGCACCUGCCGCCAUGGCCUCAUUCCCCUUUGGUCCUGUGCUGUAGAGGUAUGUUUGCAUGAUGUGUUGGUGUUAAAUUAUGUUUUGCAUGCUAACUGAAUUCCCCUUUUGUCCUGUGUGUGAGAGAGAGAGAGAUAGAGAGAGAGAGAGAGAGAGAGAGAGAGAGAGAGAGAGAGAGAGAGAGAGAGAGAGAGAGAGAGAGAGAGGGGGAAAUGCUGUUUUGCAAUUGUAUAUUUUGUAAUCUUAUGUUUUCUUUAAUUUACUUUCUGCUGUGGUUUUCCUCAGUUGUUUUGUUUGCCAUGUUGCCUUUGCUGUGUUAAGUCUUGCCUGCUUUUUAUAAUCUUAAACCAGUUUUUAGUGAUUUGUGCUUACCUUGGUUUUAUUGUUCCCUCCAAUAAAACCAUUUUCUUAAUUACAGCAAACAUGUUUCUGCCUUAUCCACAGGGACUCAUUUGCGUGCCGUGGGUAUUUAAAUCUGAAAUCUGCAUUUCUCGGGGUGUAAGUUCCCAGGUGGUGUUGUUGGUAUCUUCCCCUAAAGCCCUGUCAUCCCACACUUCAAAUCCCGCAGUCAAACUUAAGCUAAAUACUGCUCUCUUGUGUUUGCAUUGGUAUAUUGCUUUAAACGACUGCACUAAAAGGAUUCAUAAAUGUCUCAUUCAAAUCGCCAAAACAUUAGAUUUUGUUAUUGCCAUGAAUAAAUGUUGGAUUAGUGUU